AUGCCUCGCCUGACUCGCUCCAUUCUCCACAAUGAUCCUACGGAGCCAUCUGCUCCCGAAGAAAACAUCUUUGUCCAUGGCCUUACCGAAGCAAUCUUAAAAGACCCCAGUCCUUAUUUGAGACAGCAAGGACCAGAGAGGUCGCCCAGACCUAACUACCCAGAUUUCCUACAACACACCGACUCUGAUAGCAGUGACGACGAUGCGGUUGAUAUUCCAUACCAGAACGACGAAGAUAUGACUAGUGUCGUUGUCGAUGGUACGGAGCGUACGAAGCAAGACCCCGGACCGUCAGUUCGGGUCCGUACGGCCGCCGAACUCGAAGCUAUCAUCAACGCCCAAGUCGAGGACACUUCCUUCUCGGGUCUAGACACUGCCGGUUUGCCCCUUCUACGCAAUUUCAUGACCUCGUUCGAAAAGAAGUUCCGCGAUUUGCACCCCGAGCGGACCGAACUGGAUUGGAGAGAUGGCGUUCGGAAGCCAGCGAGAUCUGCGGUGGCUCGGCGUGCAGCGCAGGGACAGUUGUGUGGUGUCGAAGCUCCGGCGGAUCAGAAAUGUACGGCCUGCGCCCAAGGCAAAAGUACAUUCGAGCAUUGUCGGAUUGUUUUCGUGAAGAACGAGGCUCAAUGGAUGUGGGCUUGUGCGAAUUGCACCUUUAUGGGAGGGAGCCAUAAAUGUUCUUUUCGUCCUGAUCUAUUUUCCAAUGUGCCCUCGUGGGUUAUCGCGGCCGUGAGUGAACGGCAGCCCUCGAGUCCAUUGCUUCAAACAUACCAUGGUGGAAAGGAUACAGCUGCCACCCGCAAGUCCGCAAAGUCGACUACUAAUCGGAAGCGUACUGCGGCUGUGGCUCAAUCGAACCCCGAACAGAUUGAUCAAGCGCCCGACCUCGCAACACACGAAUACGCGCCCUCUCGGCAAGAACAUUCCCCGACAAUUCAACGUGCCAAAAAUACUUCACGCGUGCGCGGAAACGCCGUUUCAAAGGGGACUUCCGCUACUCCGAAAGGGGCAGACGAAGAGCAGCCCGCUAAGCGCCGCAAAUCAGAGGUUGGUCCCGCAAAGGCCAGUGAGGGCGCCACUAAGGACAAACCUAAACGCCGCAAGUCAGAGGUUGGUCCCAUAAAGCCCAGUGAGGGUGCUACAAAGGACGCACCUCCUAAGCUCAAGAACGGAGGGCUCCCAUUCAACAUGACCUGGUACAACUCGCCUCUUGAAGACCCCGAAGUGUACCGUAUGAAGGAUAAAGCCUAUGCCCUUGAUACCUACAACGAUCUUGCAGAAAUCAUCGCGCGCGCCACGGAGGAUCACGGUCGUAUGAAGGCAGCACUGCUCAAGAAAGGAUUCUUGCCGGAGUCGGACGACGAGGAGUCCGAAGAGGAGAACGUAUUUGCUGUAGAGUGA